UCCUGCUUCACUUCACCUCACAAGAAAUUUCUAGGAAUAGCUUACUGCCAGAUAACUGCGAACAAAGAGCCAUGAUCUCGGCUGCAGAAUAUGGAGAAACAUCAUGGGAGCUGUCUGUGCAGGUGGAUCUCAGAGAAGGAGAGAUGGAGUCCAUGAAGUUUAAACUAAGGGUGAAAGGAGACCUGCACAUUGGAGGCCUCAUGCUUAAAUUGGUGGAGAAAAUCAAGGCUCCUCAGGACUGGUCAGAUCAUGCCCUGUGGUGGGAACAGAGAAAAUGUUGGCUCCUCAAGACUCACUGGACCUUGGAUAAAUAUGGGAUUCAGGCUGAUGCUGAGUUACGCUACACACCCCAGCACAAACCUCUGCUGCUGCAGCUCCCCAAUAUGAAAAACAUCAAAAUGACUGUGAGCUUCUCCAGUGUGGUCUUCAAGGCAGUGACAGAGAUCUGCCAAAUUCUCAACAUCAGGAGAUCAGAGGAGUUGUCCCUGCUAAGGCCUCCAGAUGAUCACAAGAAGAAGAAGAAGAAAGACAAGAACUCACAUGAAGAUAUCUGGGACAUCGAUUUACUGAGUCGGGGACCGGGAGGAUCAGGUCCUAUGUACAGUAAAACCAUGACAGCCACCUAUGACCCAGAGAACGGGAUGCCCAUGUCUGCCACAAGCCUUUGGUUUGGAGAAAACCCUCUAGCUGAGUCCCAGCCAAACCUGCCACCUGCAGAGCUGGCCAAGAUGUACCAACCACUAUCUCUAACGGACAAAGCCGUCAACAAUGCAGGGUGGUUGGACUCUUCUCGUUCUCUCAUGGAACAAGAUGUUCAAGAAGAUGACAAGCUGUUGCUUCGCUUUAAGUACAACGUCUUCUUUGACCUCAAUCCGAAAUAUGACGCUGUCAGGAUCACUCAGCUGUAUGAACAGGCUCGCUGGUCCAUCCUGCUGGAAGAGAUAGACUGCACUGAGGAAGAAAUGCUCAUGUUUGCUUCGCUACAGUAUCACAUAUGUAAACUGACCAUAUCGAGCGAGCCUCUGGACAACUCCAACGAACCAGAAAUCGAUGAAGUAGAGGCGGCGCUGUCCAACCUGGAGGUGACACUCGAAGGCGGACAUACGGACAGAAUUCUGGAAGACAUUACAGACAUUCCAGAGCUGGCAGAUUCCCUCCGGCUGUUUAGGCCUAAAAGACUGACGCUGAAGCCAUACAAAGAGUACUGGUUUGUAUUCAAGGAUACAACCAUCUCAUACUUUAAGAACAAGGAGGCAUCCCAUGGAGAGCCCAUAGAGCAGUUCCAUCUACGCGGUUGUGAGGUUGUCCCUGAUGUCAACGUGACAGACAAGAAGUUUGGCAUCAAGCUCCUUCUCCCAGUGGCUGAUGGGAUGAAUGAGGUGUACAUUCGAUGUGACAAUGAAACACAGUAUGCAAAGUGGAAAGCAGCAUGUAUCCUGGCCUCCAAAGGCAAGACAAUGGCCUACAGCUCCUACAAGUCAGAAGUGAAGAAUAUUCAGUCAUUCCUGCAAAUGAAGAGCCUGGCGCCCCCACCUGGUCAGGCAGCUCCAGACCUAGAGGCGAUGGAGAUGAACGCUGAAUGUUUUGUUUCCCCGCGCUAUGCCAAGAAGCACAAGACCAAGCAGUUAACAGCACGAAUCCUGGAGGCUCAUCAGAACAUAGCACGGCUGUCCCUAACAGAGGCUAAGAUGCGCUUUAUCCAGGCCUGGCAGUCACUUCCAGAGUUUGGCAUCAACUACUACAUUGUCAGAUUUAAAGGCAGCAGGAAAGAUGAGAUUCUGGGGAUCUCGUACAACCGGCUAAUUCGUAUUGACAUGUCGUCCGGGCUGCCGGUAACAACAUGGAGGUUCGCCAACAUGAAGCAGUGGAACGUCAACUGGGAAAUAAGACAGGUGACCAUAGAGUUUGACCAGAAUGUGACGAUAGCGUUCUGUUGCGUGAGCUGCGACUGCAAAGUGGUCCACGAGUUCAUCGGAGGUUAUAUAUUCCUCUCCACAAGAUCUAAGGACCAGAAUGAGACACUAGAUGAAGAACUGUUCCAUAAACUUACAGGAGGUCAAGAAUGA